AAACGGAGAGAGAGAGAGGGAGAAAAGGAAGGACUAGUUCAAUUUCUCUUUGCCUACCAUCCUGUAAACUACAGUUUGGUGUUGUGGAUGAUUCUGUGUUGUACUUUAUCAUUUAUUUGCAUGCAGGUUACUCAUCAGGACUACAACUAAAGCUGUACAACUAAAUCCUGGAAAUACAUAUUUUGUUUUUGUAUAUUUUUUUAAAACCUCAAACUUCUUGGAAAUUCAUCUUAUGGGAUUGUCAAAUGCUGAUGAACUUUGUCUAACCUAUUUGCUCUAGGAGACCUACUUUGAAUGGUACGACAUCUCAACUUUGGCCUGUGGUUUACAGGAUGCUAAUAGCCUAUGCAAAUUGGAUACAAAUCUGAGGACGCCCAUAUCCACCUUUUAUUUUAUUUUGUGAAUUAGUGUGCCAUUGGUUGAAUCUAGUGUGUAUGUGAAGACCGCAGUGACUGAAGUAGUUUCGGGUGUGGGGGGAAAGACAAGGGCUGGGUGUCUUUUUGGAAGGGUCAACAGGUUCAGGAGGACUACUAGGUAGAUUUUGCAGAAAUGGAUGGGCUCGGAUAUGACCGCUAUGCAGACGGGGAUAGAGACAGCUACCAGAUUGACUACCGGCGUAUUGUGGGGGACAUGGAACCCGCUAGGCCACGGGUGUUAUUACAAGACUCAGAUCACCACUUUCAAGGGCCAUUUACGCACAAUGCAUUACACGGGCAUGGGCACGGUCAUGGGCACGAGACGGCUGCCCAGCGCUACAAUGCCACGCGUAUACAGGCGGGAUAUGAGCCGGAGAGCAUGGCUGAUUACCUAAUCAGUGGGGGAACCGGUUAUGUUCCAGAUGAUGGACUUACAGCCCAGCAACUCUUUGCUAUCGGAGAUGGUCUCACAUACAACGAUUUUCUAAUACUGCCUGGCUUCAUUGACUUCACAUCUGAUGAAGUGGUGAGUACGAACGCCCAGGAUUUGACCUCUGCCCUGACCCGUAAGAUAACCCUAAAGACGCCGCUCAUAUCCUCUCCGAUGGACACGGUCACAGAGUCCUCCAUGGCCAUCGCUAUGGCUCUCAUGGGAGGAAUUGGAAUCAUCCAUCACAAUUGCACACCUGAGUUUCAGGCCAAUGAGGUUCGAAAAGUCAAGAAAUUUGAGCAGGGAUUCAUCACGGACCCUGUAGUGAUGAGUCCACGGCACACGGUCGGCGACGUGUUCGAAGCAAAGGUUCGCCACGGUUUCUCUGGCAUUCCCGUUACAGAAACAGGCAAGAUGGGCAGCAAGCUGGUGGGCAUUGUUACAUCACGAGACAUCGACUUUCUGUCAGAGAAAGAUUACGACAGACCUCUGGAGGAGGCAAUGACAAAAAGAGAAGAUUUAGUGGUCGCUCCAGCCGGAGUAACUUUAAAAGAAGCGAAUGACAUUUUACAGCGCAGUAGAAAAGGUAAACUGCCUAUCGUGAAUGACAGCGAUGAGCUCGUGGCCAUCAUUGCUCGUACAGAUUUAAAGAAGAACAGAGAUUAUCCUCUAGCCUCCAAAGACUCUCGCAAACAGCUGCUGUGCGGCGCUGCGAUGGGUACCCGAGAGGACGACAAGUACCGACUAGACCUGCUCGUUCAGGCCGGAGUAGACGUGAUCGUUCUGGUGGGUUCUAAUGGUAAUGGGGGACUGUUAUAUCACGACUCUUCCCAAGGAAACUCAGUAUUUCAGAUCAGUAUGAUAAACUACAUCAAACAGAAAUACCCAGAACUACAAGUGGUUGGAGGAAACGUGGUCACCGCUGCUCAGGCCAAGAAUCUUAUAGAUGCUGGUGUUGAUGCUUUAAGAGUUGGAAUGGGCUGUGGAUCCAUCUGUAUCACACAGGAAGUGAUGGCGUGUGGAAGGCCACAGGGCACGUCUGUGUAUAAGGUGGCCGAGUACGCCCGACGUUUCGGAGUUCCGGUCAUUGCAGACGGUGGCAUCCAGACGGUCGGGCAUGUAGUCAAAGCCCUCGCGCUGGGAGCUUCUACAGUGAUGAUGGGUUCAUUACUAGCAGCAACCACAGAAGCUCCAGGUGAGUAUUUUUUUUCGGAUGGCGUACGACUGAAGAAGUAUCGCGGCAUGGGCUCUUUGGACGCUAUGGAGAAAAACAACAGCAGCCAGAAACGUUACUUCAGUGAAGGUGAUAAGGUGAAGGUCGCUCAGGGAGUGUCUGGCUCAGUUCAAGAUAAAGGAUCAAUACACAAGUUUGUGCCGUACCUCAUUGCUGGAAUCCAACAUGGCUGCCAGGAUAUUGGUGCAAAGAGCCUGUCCAUUCUGCGAUCGAUGAUGUAUUCCGGAGAGCUCAAAUUUGAGAAGAGGACCAUGUCUGCACAGGUCGAGGGCGGAGUUCAUGGGCUGCAUUCUUAUGAGAAGCGAUUAUACUGAGGCGGGCAUCAAGGGACAAAUGAGAUCCGGACCCAACGUCCCGUCACCAGCUGUCACCAAUCACAGCGGCUAAAAGUGCUGCACCUCUUAUCUCAUCUGCGGAUGGCUUUUGACUCUGAAUAAAAGCUAAUCACAUCUAAGUGUGAUUUACAGUAAAACUACAGGACACUUCACACUGGAAACAACAGAAACUGCGUGUCUGCGCUUCAUUGUAAGAAGUAAAUGUAGCAGUAUAGAGAGAUUAUUUUUUAAAUCUUGUUAAUGUACUGCGUCAUUGUUUGUGUGUAUGUUUGUUAGAGAGAGCGUCUGGUAUGAUGAGGUAUACAGGGUAUGUUACUUUUAGCAAUGUAUGUGUGUUGUUUUAUUAGCAAUAAUACUUUCUGUUGGACACUAUAUAUACCACAUGGCCAUUAGAGUGUUAUGAGUUCGAUAGGGUAUCUGUUAAAGAAAUGCAUUUCUCUUUUCAUGUCUGCUUACGUCACAAUAAUUUACAUCACAAGUUAGUUGCCAGAACUACUGUAGAGCGAUGCUGGAGUAUCAGCCUUAAAAUCAGGGAUAUUUUAUUAUUACACGCCUUACUGUAGUCAACACAGUACAUAGACACUAAAGACGGUCCUUGCUUACUGUAUAUUUAUUUCAUAGCUUCAUACAUUUGCAUCAUAUACAGAUAUCAAACACUGCACAUGAUAUAAGGAAGAAAAGUUUACAAGGGCAGAAUGUGAGGACAACUAUCAAUUUUAAAGACUUUGUGUUUUUAUAGUUUCAGUGUCUUAAGUGUCUCAGAUUAGAUUAAUACCAUGCUUACUGUAAUUAUCUGAAAUAUAUUUAUAAACUUUAUAAAGAGAGAUGCAAUGUAAAUAAGAGAAUUUAAUAGAUGAAUGUAUCAGUGGGUUAUUUACUAACCCCAAAUAUAGAAGGACCUCUGGAAACUGUCAGAGAUUUAGUUAUAAUAAGUCAAGACAAAAAAAUACAUGAAGGCAAAUUGUGAUGUGAUCUUAGAGUAUCUUCAGGCAGGGAUGUAAAAGCUGCUUAUUGCUCCUCUGUCUGUGUUUUGCUGCUUAUUCUGAGUCACAAAGAUCUGCUUUAAUAAAGAUGCUAAUGGCAUACUGUGACUUGUGAAAUGUUAUGU